GUGGGGACUAAAAAUGAAAAUGAAAGGUAACUCUCAGAAAGUCUUUACUGAGAGUUUGAGGACAACAGGUAACAGAAAUGAAGUUCCUCUGUGUGAUUCUGCUGAUUCUCUACAGCUGUAUGGAAUCUAAAUCAGAGCAUUUUAAGGUGGUUGGUCCAGCUGCUCUUCUUGUUGCUGAAGCUGGUGAAGAUCUGGUUCUGCCCUGCUCUAUCCAACCCAGCACCAGUGCUGUGGAUAUGAGAGUAGAGUGGUCCAGAGUAAAUGUGGUGGACUCAUUAGUUCAUCUCUACAAGGAUAAUGAAGACAAAAAUGAAAACCAGGAUCAGUCAUACAGAGGAAGAACAGCACUGUUCAGAGAGGAGCUUCUAAAAGGCAACACUUCACUCAAACUCUCAGCAGUCCGAGUCUCAGAUGAAGGAGCUUACAAAUGUUUCAUUAAGGACAAAUCCUGGUAUGAUGACAUUACAGUUAAUGUCAUUGUUAAGGCUCUAGGAACUCACCCAGUGAUCACUAUGGAGGGCUUCAACUCAGGAGGGAUCAAUCUAGCAUGUGAAUCUAGAGACUGGAAUCCUGAACCUGAGGUUUUGUGGCUGGACAGAGAAGGGGUCACUCUGACUGCUGAAGAUACAGAGACACACAGAGACACUGAGGGCUUCAGAGUGAAAUGCAGCAUCACUGUUUAUAAUAGUGACUCCAACAGAUUCUACUGCAGACUUCAGCAGAGACACCACAUGAGAGAGACAGAAAUCAUCAUCUCUAGUCAAGUUUUUAAUUCUUGGACGUCUGUUGUCGCCGUCAUUUCCGUUUUAGCAAUAAUAAUUGCUAUGGGAUCUAUUGCAGUUGCUGUUAUUUAUCAUAAGAAAGACGCUGAGAGGAAAAGACUUCAGGAAGAGCUUCUGAAGGAAAAAGUGUAUUCAGACGCUGAGAGGAAAAGACUUCAGGAAGAGCUUCAAAAGGAAAAAGUGUAUUCAGAGCUUGUAAAGAAGAAAAGGUCUUCAGUUGAUGUGACUCUGGAUGCUGAUACAGCUUACCCCUAUCUCAUCCUGUCUGAUGAUGGAAAAGAAGUGAGAUGUGGAGACACAAAACAGAAUCUUCCUAACAACCCAGAGAGAUUUGAUAGAUGGCCCAAUGUUCUGGGAAGGGAGGGAUUCUUCUCAGGAAAAUUUUACUAUGAGGUGCAGGUCAGGGGGAAGACUAAGUGGAUAUUAGGAGUGGCCAGAGAGUCCAUUAACAGGAAGGGGGAGAUUACACUGAACCCACAGAAUGGAUUCUGGACUGUGUGGUUGCGGAAGGGGCAUGAGUAUAGAGCUCUUGCUGGUCCCUCAGUCAUCCUCUCCCUAAAAGAGAAGCCCCAGAAGGUGGGAGUGUUUGUGGAUUAUGAGGAAGGUCUGGUCUCCUUUUAUGAUGUGGAGGCCAGAUCUCAUAUCCACUCUUUCACUGGUCAGUCUUUCACUGAGAAACUCUAUCCAUUCUUCAGCCCCAGUAAUAAUGAUGGAGGUGAAAAUUCAGCUCCACUGAUCAUCUCAGUUGUCAAUCAUGAUGAAUGAAUAUCUGUUCUUCUCAGUAUUUAAUAUUUAUAUAUACUGUAUGUUCACCA